GUAUUUCGCAAAUUCAGGUCACUUGUAAUGAAAGCUAAGACAUUGGUCGAAGCAUCGUGAACCAUUCUUUUAUUCGGCAUCCACACUGCCCACACAGAAGUGGCAUGAUUUAAUACAUUUGGACUUUUCUGUGUUGGUUGGUAUCGCUUUCUACCGUCCCCGUGGCGUUUUUCCACUAAUAUAAUACACACAAAGCGCAAAAAAAAUCUAGUAAAUGCAGUUUAUACACACGCGGAUUUAGCUAGCGUAAUAAUUUAGGUAGUUGGUGAUCCACAGAGACACGAGUGUUUUAAAUUGUCUUAUUUUUAAACUGGGUUUGGCCCUAUCUGUCUCCAAACAUUGCAGCACGUAUCAACAGCAAAGGAACAGCGGCGCAAUAUGCCAUGAAAGAGACCAACCGCCAGUCAUGACAGUGUAUAUGGCUGUGUCAUGUGCACACUUUGUGAUACAACAUUAUUCUGAGAUUACUCAGAGGGUAACAGUGCUGGAGAAAAAUAACCACAGGGGGCAGUAUUUUCUCCAACAAACGUUUGUUCCCCUCGCAUCACUUCCACGGUCGAGGAAACUCGGGCGGAAGUCAACAGAGGACAGAGCCUGUUGUGUUGUGUUACUGUGCGGAGCUACAAGAAUGGCGGAUGAGGACGAGGAGCCUGGCUUCGAUGAGGAGUUGGAGGACGGGUCCAGCGGAGUGGAUGUCGGCCACGGGAAGAGAAAGAGGCUUUUCUCCAAGGAGCUCCGGUGCAUGAUGUACGGAUUUGGAGAUGACCAGAACCCGUAUACGGAGUCUGUGGACAUUCUGGAGGACUUGGUGAUCGAGUUUAUCACGGAAAUGACACACAAAGCCAUGUCAAUCGGACGCCAGGGCCGUGUCCAGGUGGAGGACAUCGUUUUCCUCAUCCGGAAGGACCCCAGGAAGUUCGCCAGAGUCAAAGACCUACUGACCAUGAACGAAGAGCUGAAGAGAGCCCGGAAAGCUUUCGACGAAGCAAAUUAUGGCUCAUAACCACUUUUUUAACCUAUAUCUGUAGUAGCUUUCCAUUUCAUUUUAAUUGCUGUUUUAAUUGAAUUGUUAAUUCUCAGUCGUGCGUUCUUGAGGAGUUUGCUCAGAUGUGACUUGCUGUCCCAAGUCUGUUUUUUGUGACGUGCUGUUUAUUAUUUUAUAUAGUGGUAUGACAGUGUCAACGUGUUGUGCACACCCCUGAUGUCAUGCUGUCUGGGACUGUCUCAAUAAAGAAACUUACAUAUUUGUUAAA